AUGAGAGCAGCAUUAGAAGAAUAUAACCAAAAAGUUGGGCCAAAUAAUAAUAAUCAAUCAAAUACAAUUAAUUUACCACCUGUUGGGUCAAAUAGUAACAACAUCAAUGAUAAUAAUAAUAAUAGCAUACAAAGAAAGAGAGGAGCAACAGUAAUUGGUACUAGAGAAUUUCAUGUACCAUCAGAUUUAAAGAAUCAUCAUAAUCCAUACCAUAGUAAUUACAACAACAAUAAUAAUAAUAACAACAAUUCAUCAUCGGCAAUAACUUCAGGUACAGUUGCACCAUCAUCAUCGAUGAACAAUCAUCAAAAAGAAGAUGAUUCAUACACUUCAUUAAAGAUGCGUUAUCUAAGAUCACUAAAUAUUAGCAUUAAACAAGAAGCACCUACUAAAGAUACCAAUGUAUCAGCAUCAGCACCAAUACCAAUUCCUAUUGCAUUGUCAAUGGGUAGAGGUGAUUUAGAUUCAGAAUCUGAUAUAUCAGAGAAAGAGGAUGACAACGAUGGAUCAUUCGAUGGUAACAGCAGUGGAAAUAGUUUUUUAAAACAUAAUACUAUAGCAAAUAGUUAUCUAAGUGGUAAUCAAUUCAAAAAUAAUCUAAAUAGUUAUGCUGGUAAUGGUAUUAAUAGUAUGAAUUCUUUAAGUAGUCAUUUUAACAAUAAUAACAACAGUAGUAAUAACAAUAAUAAUAAUAAUCCUAAUAAUAAUAAUAAUAAUAAUAAUAAUAAUAAUAAUAAUAAUAAUAAUAAUAAUAAUAAUAAUAAUAAUAAUAAUAAUAAUAAUAAUAAUAAUAAUAAUAAUAAUCCUAAUAAUAAUAAAAACAAUAACAAUAAUAACGGUAGUAAUAUAAUAAAUAAUUCAAGUAAUAUUAGUAAAAACAAUGGAUUUAUAAUGAAAAGUAAUAGUAGUAAUAAUAUUGACAAUAAUAAUAAUAAUAAUAAUAAUAAUAAUAAUAAUAAUAGUAAUAUAUAUAAUAAAGAAGAUGAUGAAGAACAAUUCGAUUUGGAUACAUCUACAACGCCUCCAAGAAAGGAUUCUAAAGGGAAAGGAAAACAUAAAUUUAUACCUCCACAUGAAUUACUUGGCGCUGCUGGUGGUGAUGAUGAUUAA